AUGCCGCAAAUGGUUACUGGCGAGGCUAUCAAGCAACACCUGUACAAAGUCAGGGAAGCGAGAGAGUCCGCCGGAAUGACCACGCCGGCGAAAGGCGAGGGAAAAUCAGCUUUUGGUACCCGUCGGGGGGUCACUCGGUAUCCCCCUGUCGAUCCAAACGCCAUUCCAGACCAGAAGAAGAGAUCUCGCCCCGAGUCAAAGACUCCUCGUGGACGGGGCAAGGCCAAGGCCAAGCCAGAAGAUGACGAUAAGAAGGAAUUCGUCGAGAAAAAAGAAAAAAUCCCAUCCAAGAUUAAGCACCGGAGCUUGCUUUACGGACCAGCAGUUCCAAAGGAACUGAGGGAGGAGGCAUCGCUGUCGCCGGCUCCGGCCGGCCACUCUUUGAUCGUCAAGCUGAACACCAGAAAGCGCAAGGCAGUCAAGGAGGAACCAGAUCAGCAGGCAGGGGCUACCGCCACCACCACCACCAACACCCCAAAAGCCCCAAGAAAGCAUACCAAAAAAGUCAAGAUAUUGGACACGGUCGUCUUGGAGGAUGGGUCACCGGUCGAGAAGGACGAGUCUCCGGCGAAGGAGGAUGAGACUCCGGCGAAGAAGAGAGAUCGAAUGUCCAACUUCAAUUAUUCGGACUUCAAGGAAGACGUCAAGCAUGACAGUCAAGACAAUCAGAUCCUCACCCCUCGCAAGGGGGAGCAGAGUGGUCAUGUCGCGAAGUCGAACAAGGAAGUCGCCAAGGCGAAGGGUGUAGAGCCUUCCAACGGGAUCCUCACUCCCCACAAGGAGCAGCAGAAUGGCCCUGCCACUGCCACCAAGCUGAAGAAGAAAGCCGCCAAAGACUCCAAGGAGGCUAACGCCGAUAUCCGCAACUCCUUCAAGCUCGCUCCAAAGAAGGAUGUCGAACCAAAGCCGAUUCCGACUGUUGAUGCUCCAGUUCACGCCAACCGUGCCCUACGCAACAAGUCCACUCACAUCGACUAUCGCGAGCAGGGAGCAACUCUUUCCGAGGACGCCCAGUCCAUGCUUGGUGAUGCGGAUGUCAACGGCGAAGACGAUGAGUACCAGCCAGACAUUCCCGCGGACGACGAGCCAGCAUUGGACAUCAAUUACGAGAACGAGCAGCGUUUCUCUGUACUGAAUGCGGCAGAGAAGCCGUUCGAUGACGCGAUCGACCUGAAGAUGUUCCAGGAGGCUAUCGGCCCAGAGGCGGAACAGAGGAACUAUCAGGCAGAGCAGGUGGGCAUUUUGCAGCCAGCUUCAGCCAAGGUCGGCCGCUUGCACGGUGAACAAGACUUCACUAAGACGCCAAAUUUCCUCGGUAUGGAUGCGCUCGUUCCGGACAUCAAUUUCGGUCGUCGCAUGAACUUCACUGUGGGCAGUCCCGCUGGCAACCCUAGCWUCGACGUCUUGAGUUCUACCAUCGGCACUCCUACCGUUCCCCACGACAAUGCCCAUUGGAACAGCUUUGCGCAAUGGUCGGCUCCUGCUCCCGGUCCAGGCCCAGGUUCAGCAUCGAUGCCUGCUCRAGCCACACCCUUCGCGUGGGCCAAUCAGUUUGGUGGCGACCAAGGCUCAGGCAAUCCGUUCGACAGCUUCCUCGUCAACAACGACUGGGUCUCUCACUACGACCAUGGUGAUGACCUCGUCGAACAGCUCCACACAAACCAGAAUUACUCGGGUGAUCAGAGUAUGGGUGCCUAUGCCGUCCCAGGCUUCAACGACCAGUGGGAUACAGGCAUUGGCGACGGAGGGGAUAUCGAGGACGUGAUGCAGUAG